CCCUGAUUGGCGAGAUUUCCCGCCAUUCGCGAAACCCGACACCACCACAAACUUGAACACGGUAACAAAGUCACUAAAUCAGUGUCCUCGUGUGGUGCACUACAAGGUUUAUUUCGUCUCUUUUCGUCUUUAAAUAUGGAGCAACUUGCCAAAAUGUUUGGCGGAGACAUUAUGACUAUUAAUAAUCCUAUGUAUCCUCUCAAAUUUGAGCGUUUUGGCGAAGCUGACAUCGCAAAAGACCCGGAAUUUCAAUCGCGUAUUGAAAGCCUUUUCAACAUGGGCAGUCCAGUGUCGUGUGAAAUGCUUGCCAUGCCAAAUGUUUAUGGAAGCAAAAGAAUAUACAAGGCCGAAGAAAAAGCACGAAAAUGUUAUGUGGCGGAAGAUCCUGUGAAUGGAGCGAAGAACGCUUUGGCUAUUUCGCCGUAUUGUCCCGAAGCAUACAAUGUCAUGGCAUUGUUUGAUGCUGAUAGCUAUCCAGAGGCGCUUGGUAAGUUUUGUUGUAUUUUAUAUUUGUUGAAUGUGUUGAAAACAUUAUUUCCAAUUAAUAUACAAUCGUUAAAUUGGGUGUAUGUUUUAAAGAAAUAAAAUAAAAUUACGGAAUUUUGACAGGGACAAAAAUAUGCAUGCAAAGUAUUUACCAUAAAAUCCGUCCAAUUUUGUUAUCUGUUGUCACCAUCAUUCAAUCCCUGUUCAUAGUAUUCCAAGAAACUGCUUUGCUUGAUUGGUGCGAGCAAACCAAGAGUUGGGAGCCCUUUGAACGUGCCCCACGAUUUUUAUACUUGUCAAGGGCCAGUCUACAGAAUGUGGCACAAGUGCACCCGAGGGGAAAUUCUCUUUCACAAAUAUAGUGCACCUGACCCCAGCUAGUGCCUGUUAGCUUGAUCCCUAAAGGUGCAAUUGGGGGUCGGUUGAGUGAGACUGUGAUGUGGGAAGACCCUAAAACAUGGAGCCGCCCAGAAAUUGAGUUGUAGGAAGACGGAGAUCAGCAGAUGUUUUAACAUUUCAUAUUUGUAGCAUUGAAAGACAGAAAGUAGAUUGAUUCUGCACUUGGUCAAUAAGAAAGUCUCAAUUGGGGCGAUUUUUACAACUUUUAAGGUGCGCACCUGAUGAUUUCAAAUCCCCCAUGCACCUCCGAAAAUAUCUGGUUUAGCGCACCUGAGAUCUUGUCGAAAUGUGCCAUGUUCUGCAAACUGGGUCAAAGGGAGAUAGCAAACUAGUGCUCAAUGGGUUAAUGGGUCAUUCCAGAAAAGAUCCAUACCCCCCCUACGGAGGAAAUCGAAAAUAACCCCCUUCCCCCCCUUCGGACAUCCUUGAAUGGUUCAUCCUCCCCCCCUCUCCGGACAUCAAAGCCCAAAAUUACCCCCCUCCCCUUCGGACAUCCACUAUUUCUAAAUUUUUCUAAAGGCUAUCUCGCCGUUUGAAAACGUCACCGAAAAUUAGACUACGUUCACACUACGCGCGAGCGAACUAAUGCGGGCAGAAUUUACGUGUGUUCACACUACCGCCAUUACAGUUUGUUUACAAAUUGAAUUAGCACUCGUGUAAACCCAAAAUCUUUCAAAUAGACCCAAGAAAUUUAACUGAAAAGCAUUCGAGUUUACACGUUUGUGUUCACACGAAGCUAUCAAGUGCUCCGGCGUUUUCACCUCGCUCCGUUUAGAAACCGUGCUCAAAUUGUUACGGCAAAAGUGACGUGAAAGUUUUCAAACGAUUUCACUCCAGCGUAGAGUGAAUUAGCGAUGGCUUUAUAUUGUGACUUUUCUACGCUGUUUUCAAGUAGCUCCGGCGUGGCGGAACACUUGGCAACUUCGUGUGACUUGCGAACACAAACACGUGGCAGGUUUUGUCGGAUAAUUUGCAGAAAUUCACUUCGAAAUUUGUUCAAGUAAAAUUCGGACUGAAAUUCCAUGUAAUUUUCGACUGAUUGACAAGUGUUGCUAUGUUUACUUACAUGUUAAUGCAUUUUUUAGUAUUGCUGCAUUCCUUAACCUCGCCCUUAAUAUGAAGGCCAUUUCUAUUGCUCACCUCGCAAGGAAGCUUUAUUGACUAUAUACUAAAACAAAUUGUUUUGAGUUCAGUUCACAUAGCAGUCUCUUAAUUCAAGCAACAGUUUAAUAACUUUUAUUUUUAACACUUGAAUAAUUCAAACUUAUAUAUACGAACGAAAACUGCAAACUAUAUAAAUAAAGCGUUUCAAUUUUCAACUCAUUCUCAACAUGCAGGAUACGCUGUUACAGCGAGUUAGUUUUUGGUGGCCAUGCAUGCAAAAGUGGGCCGCUUAUUUUGCUUACGAGUUACGUGGACGUAUAAUUAUUGCUGUUACAUAAACGUUCCGGUGUUCAAGAGCUACAUAUAGCCGAUAAAAAUUGCGUGCUCAAUGCUCAUUAUAAUCGCCGAUCACAUAGCUUUAUCACAGUCUCAAACCUUCAGACAAACAUAUCCACAUUCCUCUCCCCUCCUUCGGACAUCCUAAGACAUUUUUCCUCUCCCCCCCUUCGGACAUCCUAAGACAUUUUUCCUCCCUCCCCCUUCGGACAGCAAAAAUUUCCUCCGUGGGGGGGGGUAUGGAUAUUUUCUGGAACGAUUCUCAAUUACCAAAAUUAUUUAAUUAUUCCACAAUAGCCCACUCUGCAUAUGUGACUCAAACAAGUCUGCUUUGCCCCAUUGUAAGAAAGCAUAAUGUGUUUGUUUCUUGUGGGUACAAAAAACAGUGACUAUAUACUGCAACAGGGAUGGAUUUACUAGGGGAUGCACCCCCUGGCCAGAGGGGGUGUGCACCCCCCUAGCUCUGGCCAGAGGGGUUGCAGGGGGGUGCUAUUUUUCAUGACAUAGCAAAAAGGUAUUAGAGACAAAAUGAGAUACAGUAAUUUGAGUAAUAACAUGAUGAUAAGCAAACUGUGAACAACAAUUACAAUUCAAAUACAGUAGUCAAGCAAGACUUUGCAGUAGUGAAGCAAGUUGAUAGGUUGGGCGGCACACAUGACCAACACAACUCAGCACCAGAUCAUGCUGGAUCCAUCCCUAUACUGUAAAUAAAGAGAUGAUGGUAUUUUGCUACAAUAAAAUUCUUUCAUUAAGAUUAGUAUACUGCAUCCAUAAUUGAUUAGUGGCAAUUAAAAACACAAUAUAAGAUUGUUGUGUUUGGUUCACAGUACUGUACUGUAGUUUGAAUAAGAAAAUAAAGAUUUUGUUGGCAUCUUACUCGUUUGAAUACUAGUUGAAGGGUAUUGUAGUGCUGCACCGGAAUCGCAGGGUCACAGGUUCGAUUCCUGCCAGGGACGUAAAGUUGCAUUUUUCGCAGCUGUUCCUGGUUAGCUCUAUUAAAUAUAACUAUAUAAAUUUCAAUCUACAAUACCCUUCAACCUGAAUAUGAAUAUGCUCUAUCUGAGAUUGUGAGUAAAACAUUUAUUAGUGAGUGAAAUAAUUAUAUAACAUAUUUAAGUAAUUGCUCAGGUUUGGUUUUAGACUCCUUUGCAGUUGCAGUUAGUGUCAUCAAUAGCUUGAUUUUUGAGCAAUGAAAAUUCCUAGUGCAGUUUGCUAUUAUCAGAGGUAGAUUUUACCAUGGCAUCAUCAAAACCUACAAGCAGGGGUGCCGGAGCCACGGGGGCAACUGCCCCCAUUGCCCAAACAGUGCAGGGGCAGCACGGGGGCAACAGGUUGCCCUUUAUACCGGAACUGCCCUUCGAAAUUUGUGCGCUGUUCACAGGAAUUGGAAUUUAUAACUAUUUUAAAGCAAUAUUUAAGCAAUCUUUGCUUAAUUUUUAAGCAGUUGCAGUAAAAUUAUUGCUAAAUCUAGCAAUAUAUGUCCGUUUACUGAUUUUAUUUUGCACCAUUAGCACGGUGCAACAAACAAAAUUGUUGAAAAUUAAUGUCAAAGUUUCCGACCCAUAAUAGCCACAAGUAAUCGAGUAUCCGUACAGUAAAGUUUAAACAAAUAUUGCCGUUCUGAAAAAUGAUGUCUGAGAAGCAAAUGUCCUUUCGAAAUGGCUGCCCCCGCUGCUUCACAUUGCUUCCGGCGCCCCUGCCUACAAGCACCAUCUGCAGGCACAUUUUGAACUUGUGCAGGCAUAUUCUUACUUUCUAACAAAUAUUUAGCUCACAGAACAUAAAAAUAAGAUGCAUUUUUGCAGGCAUACAGUAUAUGUUCAAUUUAUGAAUUUUGCUUGAUUGUCUGAGCCCUGGUUCCAAUUUCCACCUCCCUGGGUGUGGUACGGUACAAAUGUCCUAUGUGUGGAGGCAUCCUUUCUGGAAUGACCCAUUCAACAAUCUAGUAAUAAAUAUUGUUGCAGCAUCUUGUAUACCAAGUAUUCAUAUGCAUUCAAUAAAAAGCAUAUCCGCCCCACAAAUAGCGUGAACAAUACCUAUCAAACUGUGCAAUGACAUCAUUUCCAAUUCUCUAUGUUCUUCCUUUGCCGAGGUGAUUUUCUUUGGGAAGAAUUCACAAUACGUCGUAACUGCAUACAUACUGAUUAGUAGCAACUGUACCCUGGUAGGGUGAGGCGGUUAAUCAAUAAACCGGAAAAAAACCCGAUUCAACUGAUGUUGUUCUCGCCUUCUAGGGAAAAGGGGGGGGGGGGCAAAAAAACGGGGGGAAUGGGGAAACCUGUUUGAAACUCAGUAAUAUUGAAACAAAAUGUCAGACAGAAUGUCAAAAAAAAAAUUCCAGUUUUUACCCUGAAUUGCCACACCCUACACCCUGGUUGUUUUUUCCAGUCCCCUAUCAUCAAGGACCUCCAGCAGGAAGGUGAUCACCUCAACAUGCGGUAAUUUUAAAAAUUGAGGGGUAGAAUGAUUCUCUUGAAAAACUUCCUAGAUUAAUUGAAUUUUGUUGAUUGGUAAAGUACAUGUAUCCCAUCCUUUGCACCAAGUUUGCUUGAAGUUGUCACUUACAGUUGAUAACCAUCAAAUGCAGAGGAUGUCGGGCAGAUGGAUCUAGAACUGGUAUCCGAAGAUAGUUAUCCCUUCUCCAAUUCGCCAUAAUAAAAAAGAUGUCGGCAUGUCGAUCUACCUACAAUCCUUUGCGUGCAGCAAGCAUAAAUCCGCAAAAAAGAGUGACAAGAAAAACAGACAAUGACAUGAAACUUUAACAGAUAGGAAUAACUGACGUCUUGUCUUUUGUGUGUUAUUUAAAAAAACGUUUAACUGUUGUUUUAAAUCAUUUCCGACUGCAAUGCAUUGUGGGUAGAUCGACAGCCGCCAUCUUUUUUAUUAAGGCGAAUUGCAAACUAAUGAAAUUUCUUGUGGUGAAGUUUCAUGGUUUAUCGGCCAUCUCCCAGUAGGGUUGAAGUUUACGUGCAAGUUUGACAAAAUCUUUUGCUUUACUCAUGCCACUAAAGUGUUCUCUCUCCACUUUGCUGGUUGAUCGUAUUACUGGCCAUUACAUUGUUUUCAUCUAAAUGUUACUCUUUGGUUUGUUUACGCAAAAAUUACACUUCACCUGUAUCGUGUUCCGCAUCUCAAAAAUGGGAUCUCUUGGGAGAGGGCAAGAAUUAAACCGGUACCACUGUCCUUUUGUACCUCCGUCUAGCAAGCUGUUUCCAACCAAAUUUCAAACUUGAAACAGUUCAAUGUCCUUCCAGAUCUUUAACCGUUUCCAUGAAUUUCCUGCCGAGUGCUUGUACAUAUCAUGUGGUGAAUUUGAGCUGUCGAUUCUCAUAGUGAGAACAAUACCACAGAAUUUCAGAAUAAGGAGCUGCAGUGAUCUUAGUGGUGUCACUAUGAAGAAGGCAAUGGCUCUGGCCCAAUGUAAUACUUCUGAAUUGACCCGCGACCUUCGCAUUUCUAGAACGACGCUCUACCUUCUGAGCUACAAGGCCAAGUUGGGAACGAUCUUAUUUUUUGUGAUGGUAAUGACAUGAACGAAUUUCUUCUUUUUCAUGCCUGGUGCCAGCUAUUAAUCCAGCGAAUGUUGUAUGUGUUGUUUUUUUCUGAGAUUCUACUCGUGAUGUAAUGUAUAGGUGUUUUGAUCUUACGAGGCCAAGUUGGGAACGAUGUUAUUUUUCCAGCGACAUUGAGCCGGGCAAUGAUGUUAUUUUUCCACGAGUAUGAGCCGGGCAAGCAGAAAAUUAAUUCUACUUGACCACGGCCCAACUUGGCCUUGUAGCUCAGAAGGUAGGGCGUCGUCCUAGAAAUGCGAAGGUCGCGGGUUCGAUUCCCAGCCGUGGUUAAGUAGAAUUAAUUUUCUGCUUUCCCGGCUCAUACUCGUAAGAAGAUAAAACACCUAUACAUUAUACAGCCAAUUCAAAAAAGGUUGUCCUUUGCAAACCUUAAACUUGUGAAUGAAUUGUUCUCGUUAAGGAGAUAUAGGCAAUUCCAGCUUUUAGUUUAUGCCUGCAGGGGAUGAUGGGAAGUAAGGUAUCAUAUUGCUGAUUUGCUGAAAAAUGUCAAUAAAAACUACCGAAACAACCGAAAUAUUUCAAUAUUUACAAGUAUAAGCUAGGGACCGGUCAUUAUUUAUGGUGAGGGGUGGCACCGAAGAGAAAUGUUUUUCGUAGCAAAAAUUUUGCUGACCCAACCAUUAAAAAGUCAAAAAUUUGAUUACCCAACCUCAAAUAUCAAGUAAAAAAUAAAUACCCACCCCUGGCCAAAAUUAAACUUUACAAAAGAUUACCAUUCAGUUGUCACAUAUGUCCUUUACCCGAUUUCUGUGACACUGAGGAGUUUGAUAACUGCUUGUGAAAUUUGCUGCAGUCUAAUGUAUCAUGUUGUCUGCACAUGUGCUUUCUUUGAAGACACCAUUUGUCUUCUAACAAAUUGGAAAAUGAUCAAGACAGUGACUGAUUGAUUCACAUAUUGUAUUGACAUAUGACUAUAGCUUUUUAUUACCCAACCCUUGAGUUGUUUUGUUUUUCAUUUACCCAACCUUUUACUUACUCAAAAUUUAGUUUACCCAACCAUUUUCUCUUCGGUGCCACCCCCCGCCAUAAAUAAUGACCGGUCCCCUAUCACUCCGUAUUUACACGGCCACCAUUUUUAUUUUUUCAGCAUAAUCAGCAAUAUGAUACCCUACUUCCCAUCGUUCCCUGCACGCAUAAACUAAAAGCUGGAAUUGCCUAUUGAACAUGUCUGUAAGAAAUGGGCCCCAUAUAUGAUUUAUAGACUGAUUGAAUGAUGCUCUCAUUGUGCUUUGCCCGCAUAGAAUUUAAGGUUUCCAAAUUCCAGCUGCGGAAAACUCUGUAAGCAAAUUUGCAUGGAAUUUAAGCCAAAACGUUUUACAAACCGAGAUUUGCAGCUGGCAACUGAUGAGAUUAGGGUUGUAAAUUUAUUUUGUUUUCUCCAUAGAAUUUUACAACAAAGCUGUUGAAAUUGCACCCAUGAUCAGCCCAGAUUUUGCUUCAGAUGUUGCAGAAGGAAGAUGCUGGAGUAACAACCAUCUACGAAGUUACUUCAGAGCUGUGCAUGGUCAGGCAAAUACUUUGCGUAAAAUGGGGCGCUACAAGGAAGCUUUGGAGAAAUAUCUACUGCUCGAGAAACUGGAUCCCAACUUCCACAGGUAUGAACUAAUAAGUGUUUGGCACUUUUCACAAUUACAUUUAUAGUAUAUCGUCAUUUGCAAUUUGAGGAUGAACACGCAGUCGCAUGAACAGAUAAAAACAUUGUUUAUUAACAGGUAAAAACGCCGUUUACGUGAUACCGCUUUGCCGGGCAGGAUAAUGUUGACGUAUUGAAAUAUGUUUUUGAUUCAGCAAAACUGCAUUAUUUUCCUAGUGAUGGAUUACAGUACUAGAGUUGUAAACGAAAGGUUGUUCUAGUGGCAUAAUCUUCUUGAACUAAGAGAUCUCGCCAAUAUUUCAGUCCCUUUAAUCGGCGUUUGAACUUUCAUUUAAGCCCAGUGACUUGUUUGAAUACGUCAAAAUUGUCCCGCCUUUUGUCCAGUUCCGGCAUACCAAACAGCCCUUAAGUUAUGCUCACAUUUCAUAUUCACGUGAAGCACGAUUGGUUUAUCAGAUUAAAUCUGUCAACAUGAAAGUUUCAUGUGGGAAUAAAUAAUAGUUUAUAUAUCUGCGACUUUUUAUCCUUAUUUGCAAACUACGGUAUAUUGGGUAUAAUUAUUUUCGAUAGGCUAGCUUUAAUAGACGAUAAAACUGCGGGUUAUACCAGACAAUUUCACAUAGUCGGACUACUGUUAUAUAGUUCGAUAUUAUUUUCUAUAAAAUAGUCAGCGUGUGUCAGGAUUUUGAUCUUCCAUAGAAUCUCCCAAAUUUACCGCUGUAUUCUAAUCUUCUAUAAAAAUGCUUUCUUAGUACAUUUUAGUAUUUCCAAGCUACUUGAAAGGUAUUCAUUUCUCCAAUAUAGUUGGUCAUCGUAUGCCAACUGGCGUUUUCAUGUUCUCGAAGUAUACAUGAAGCUUGGUGAUGACAGAGGAGCUCUUGCAUUUGCUUCGAAGAAAUCGAAUCAACAAGCAUUUGGUCUUUCAUCCUCUGCAAGUGCUUGGCUGUGGAGCGCUGCAUUGCUUGAUUUCAGGUACAAGCGUCAGCGAGGCUUUGCGAAGGAAUACUACGAACAUGUUCAUCAACUUGGCUCAGUUUUCCCUCCUCCUGGUGCAAUAAUGAGUGCUUCUCAAGCAUCCCAUCAUGUCCUUAGUUUCCUCAUUGGUGAACGCAAGUUGCCAAACUGUAAAAUUCCGUUCGUUAUGAGAUCCGAGAGCUCGUUAAGCAAUGCAGCCGUGUAUUGUACGUCCAACCUUGAAUUAUGGAGGGGAACGCCAGGAGCUAUUGAGUGGGCAGCAAAGAACUGUCACACACAUUACUGCUUUCUGCUACUGAGAAAAGAGAAAGAGAUCCUUGAUUUCCUAAAGUUCGAGCAGACGCUGUCAAAGUUCAAGUCGUUUGUGGAGAAAGGUAUUUUUCUCGAUAGUUCACUGCCAGGUUUUGAAGGUGGGCUGGUUACUGAAGCUGUGAAAGCCAACAUGAUUGAUCAACUUGAAGUUUUGUUGAAAGCUGGAGCGAAAGCCGUGGUACGUCAUGGAAAUUGUGUUCCUCAAGCACUACAUAUGGCUUGCUAUUAUGAUCACAAUCCAAAGAUUAUUAAACUCCUGUGUAAAUAUGGUAAGCCAGUCACUAUGAUUUUACUAUUAUCAUGGGUAGAUACUUCGUCGUUUUGUAGAAUUGUUAGAAACCAUAAAAUUUGCUGGUAACUUUAAAGUGUCAAAUGGGUUGCUAAUGCAAAAUAUUUAUACUGUAGGGUCAUUAUAAGCCUGUGACAAAUGUAUUUUUGUGGAAAACACCAUUUUUGUUUUUGUCUGGCAAGGCUUUCUAUCCGGAAGUCUGGAUCUUCAUUAGUGUUAAAAUUAACUCAAAUUUGUACAGAAAUAGCACUGUCUUCCCAUAUAUUAUCGUAAGAUUCAGUGGGUACCAUUUCCAUCUCGAACUUAGCAUGAGCUCCUGUUUUGCACAUUAAAAAAUAUUACUUUAUUUCAUUCAGGUGCUGACCCGUCUGCUAAAUACGGUCUUCAUUAUUGUGCUAUUGAGAUGGCAGCUGAACAAGGAGCAUUCCGAGCACUGCGAGCUGCAAUCAACAGCUUACCAGAAGAGCCUGCGAGAAAGAAGGAAGACCUGAUGAAUGAUAUUCUCUUCGUUUUGUUUAGUACUUCUUGUUAUGAAUGUAUCAUGGGUACUGGUGUUAAGUGUCAACGUUGUGUACACGAUUCCAUUGGCCACGCCAAAGAUGCAUCAUUCACUGCUUGCGUUGAUGUUGUCAUGGAAACUGGCCAUGUUCCCUCCAGGAAGUACCUCAUCCGCUUACACCAGUGUAGCACCUUCAAGCAAGAGUUAUUUGACUACAUCCUUAAGAAAACUAUCAAGGUUUCACCAUCGCUGAAAGAACUGAAUGAUAUCACAUCCGAAGAAGCUUGGAGAAACAUGUGCAGUGUUUGUGGCGAAGAAGACGUGAAGACCAAGAGAUGUUCCGGUUGUAAAAACAUUCGUUAUUGUUCACAGAAAUGCCAGAGAGCUGACUGGAAAAAUCACAAGAGAGUUUGUUAUUGAGUUUGUGAUCGAAAAAGAAACUCGUGAAAAGACGUUCUGGGUGUAAAAACGUUCGUUAGUGCUCACAGAAAAAUCGGAGGACUGAUUGGAAAAAUCAGAGAGGAGGUUCUUGUUGCAAAACAAAUGCACAGUGUUAUAUGCAUAUAUGAAGAGACGUUUGUUAUAUAGUUUAUAGACUGCGGCAGACUGGAAAGAUUACAAACGAGUUUGUUAUUAAGCAAGGGACGCACAUUGUAUUCGGACUCAUUAAGAGCGAUAUUUGACGUCCAAUUUUGCUAUGUGGUUUUAUAUGCGAGGACAAUUUCGCAAUUACUGUAUAUACCUGUACCGUUUGCUCAAUGAUUGCAUAUAUUAUACAUACGUUUGGAUGCAACAGUAUUGGUACCAGGUAUUUUAUUUGUCUAUUGGACGCAAAUGGCAAAGGGUUCGAUCGCACACUUUUAUUUAAAUAAUUGUUGCGUUUUGUUAAGAUUGGUGUUUUAUUAGAAAUGAAAGUGGGACAUAAGUUUAUUUGAAAAAAAGUUGUAUGUUUAUAUUGUUAUAUAAUGAAAGUAAUAAAGUGAUACAUUUUGUUGGUUCAA